AUGAGAAUGGAGUCGGGAUGCAGCGAGUUUCUGGGCAGGGCUAGGGUUCGGGGUGGUCCGUCUGGGCAGCCUGAGACCAGCCCGGCCCACUCCCUCUGGUUCCCGAGCCCGGGUGGGGAGCCCGCGAGCGCUGGGUCCGCCUUUGGCCUCCUGACCCACACAGCGCGAGGCGCGGGAGGAAGAGUCCUCCUCGGAGGGGACCGGUCCGGAGCGAGCUGGCUGGCAAGAGGGGGCGGGGUGCGCGCAGUCGGGGCCGCCGCGGCCGCCGUGGCCGCCACCGCGACGUCUGGGCAGAGCCGCGGCGAGGCGGGGAGGGACGCGCAGGGGCGGCUGCCGCAGCCGGCAGGCCACGGGGCGCGAUGCGGCCGCGCUAACUUUGCCGGACGGAAGAGGAGGAGGAAGGGGGCUUUGAGCGACCGGGGCGUGGGGGCGGGGGGAUGCUGAGAAGCAGUCAGGUCCUUGCGCCCGACACGUCCCGAGCCUUCCCCGGUGCGCCCCGCGGGGCGGCGAGCUAGGCAGCGGCGGCGGCGGCGGGGCGCGGGCUCGGCGCAGCGGCCCAUGUCCGGCGCGGGCGAAGCUCUGGCUCCCGGGCCCGCGGGGCCGCAGCGCUCGGCCGAGGCGGGCGGCGGCCGGCAGAGCUCCCCGGCCCACGAAAAAUGUGAUAAAGACAAUACUGACAAAGAUAUAAAUGAAGCUACUAACAGCCAUUUCACACAUGGAGAGAUACAAGACCAGUCCAUUUGGAGAACUCCUUCAGGUGGUGAACUCAUCAGAACCCAACCUCAGCGCUUACCCCAGCUUCAACCUUCCGCACAGGAACCAAGUGAGGAGGAGCUUGGCAAGAUAAGGAACGGUGGCCACACAGGUCUGAGCAAUGGAGGUGGAAUUCACCACGGGGCCAAACAUGUAUCUGCAGAUAAUCGCAAACUUUCAGCACCUGUUUCUCAAAAGAUGCAUAGAAAAAUUCAAUCCAGCUUGUCUGUAAACAGCGAUAUCAGUAAGAAGAGCAAAGUAAACGCUGUCUUCUCCCAAAAGACAGGCUCUUCACCUGAAGAUUGUUGUGUCCACUGUAUCCUGGCAUGCUUGUUCUGUGAAUUCCUGACCCUCUGCAAUAUUGUCCUGGGACAAGCUUCGUGUGGCAUCUGCACCUCGGAAGCCUGCUGCUGCUGCUGUGGGGACGAAAUGGGGGAUGACUGUAACUGCCCUUGCGACCUGGAUUGUGGCAUCAUGGAUGCCUGUUGUGAAUCAUCAGACUGUUUGGAAAUCUGUAUGGAAUGCUGUGGAAUUUGUUUUCCUUCGUAAAUAUUUAUCUUUUGUUUGUGUUAAAACUGGAGAACAUUUUCAACUUUCUCUUAAGGGGAAAGAGAGACACAUGGUAAGACUUUCAUGCAGCAACCCAGUAUUUGCACUGUUAACUCAUUAUUUUAAGUAGUCUCUGAAAGCCUGUUCUCUCACCAAAUCUACGUGGUUUAAUAUGUGAAAAUUCAAUUCCUAACUACGUCUUUUAAACUUCUUAAUAGGCUACAAUACUUGAGGGACACAGCACAUUCCCCUCAAUUAUUAAAUCUCUCCUCCUUUUUGUUGGUGUUUCUAUUUCUUCUAACCAUUCUCAGGAGCUCUUUGCUCCCUGUAUAUUAUUUCUCAGUGGGUAUUUAAGCUGGACAGUUUAUUUUUGAUGUUUAUCUCGUAGUGGUUAAAAGUAAGCAUCCUUUGUUUUAAAGUAACUUUGAAAAGCAAGCCCAUACAAUACUUGGGCACCCAGUGUUGCUGGCCGGGCUCUCCUCUCGUCUUCCCCACCUGUCCCGCAGACCCGAAGGCCUACUGUGUGUGCUUUCCUGCACUGGCUGCAGAGAUGGCUGUCUUUUCUCUGCCGUCCACAGGGGUGUGCAGUUCAGCAGAGGAAAGACGCCCUUAAAGGAUGAACCACAGCACAAGGCACACAGAAGUGAGGGUGAUGAGAGCGAACUCCGAGGGCCCUAGGAAUACCCAGAGAAGAGCUGCCAGGAUAUUCAGGGGAUGUGGCGUUUGAAGAGACCUCUUCAAUGUGGGAGUCAUCUGCUACUUGAAUGAGAUCUUUAGAUUUAGGGCAAAGUUUAGGUGGACAGCUUGAACUGUGUGUGCCCUCAUCCAUUUAAAAGAAAAACGCCUUCAGCAUACAUUUUUUUUUUUUUUAGUUGCAGGAAAACAUCCUUUUUUAAAACUAUUAAAAUUUAAAUUGUCCCAAGUUAUGCAUUUUCUUACACAAAAUUGAAAUGAAAAGAUAAUACCUAAUUAAGACAUCUUUAUUUUUUAAGGAAUAGAGUACUUUUGCCAAAUUUAAAUUAGGAGAUAUUUUAUAUUAAAAUCUCAGUCUUACAAUUUUGUUUUCCUAAAAAGUUUUCUAUUAUUUGAAGAGCUUUCAGUCUGUUGGAGAGAGGUUGUUGUUUGCUUAAUUGUUUUUCUUAGCCAGUGUUGUAUUUUAUGAAUACAAACCAUUCCUUCCAGUGCAUUGGGAAUCUAGAUAUCUACUAUGACCAAAUUUCAGGAUUGUACUUUUAUGUUAGGUUAAGCCAAUAUGUCAUGUUAUGAAGAUCCUUAAGUAUUUAAAAAAAGUCAAUUGCAAGACUAAUUAUGAGUUACUGAGACAUGAAAACUGUAUAGGUCAGAUGAAAAGGGGAGUAAGUUUCCAUACUCUUUGCUCUCCUUCUGAGUUCAGUCACUCCAAAAUUGUACUUCAAUUCGACUUCAUGUAAUUCCUUGGAGAAGUUUUACAAAUGUCCUUUACAAUUAAUGGUUAUUUUCAGCUCCUCUGUCCAAAAUCAAAUUGUUAAUAACAGCAAAAUUAUAUUUUUCAGAAGUCUUUAGCAAAACUAUCCAUUUUAUGAGAGUUUUUUAAACUGAAGAGUGGGAAUGUCACCUAUGUUUCUUUUCUUUGAAAUAAAACCUAGUUUCUAGUUAUGUGAAUAUAAUUACUAUAAAGGCUCAAAAAGAAAAAAAGUUAGCAAAUUAUUGAAUCCUCCUUUGCAUGUUAUUUACACACACACACACAAACACACAUAUGCACACCUUUAAAUCGUUGAGUUUAAAUAGAAUUCUCGUAAACAGCUGUCUUCCUUUUCCUCCCCUCAUAUGCACCUUGCAUUUGUACAUUAAAUAUAAGGAAACCUUUGUCCCAUUUCACAGAUACCAGAAUCUGAAUAUUUACAUAUGCCAGAGGUCAACUCUUGUUUAUGCAUCAGGGUGUAAGAAUAUCAUCUGUUUAUAGACAUAAAAAGUCUCCUGAUGAUCUGGAAUUGUUAAAUAUUGGAGCUUUUAUCCUGCAAAAAUUUUCAACCAAGCGGUUGAUAUUUAAAUGUAUCCUGUUACUAUUUGUGAUGAAAAUAUUAACACAUUUGAAAUAACGUUUCUCUGUAGCAGAGAACAUAAAUAGAUAUCAGAAUUUAUUUUCAUAUUUAUACUGUAGUAUUUUUCCUCUGUUGUCUAUGCCAGGCAGUCAUUCCAUAAAUCAUUUUGUAGAGUUUAAAGAAAAAAGAAAAGUAGGCAAAUGUGAAUAUAGUUUCCAUAUAUUUUAGAAUUUCUAUAAGUAAAAUGGUUUGUUGACUUAUAUGGAAAUCAUGACUAAAUGCUAUAAUUUACAGUUAAUAGAUUUGAUCUCUUUUUAAAUGUGGGAACUUAAAUAUUUUUAAACUGGACCUGUGUUAUCCUAAUACACUAUUUUGAAAUAAACAAAUGACUUCUU